GGCUUGGUGCAGCAGGUAUGCAGGCCGUAUUUUCGGGUUAGCGACACCAGUAGAUUAGGUAACUUUGUAGAUAGAUAUAGGCAAGUCCGGCGUGAAUACUUUUACCGCUUCUCAGUUUUUAUUACUUCGGUUGCUAGAAGUUCGGGAUUAUGGCCGACUGGAAGCCCCAGAUAAGUUACAACUACAACCCCUCAUAUCAUGCCUACGCCUACGGCCUCAUGUACCAACCCGGGCCUGAGCAACACCGCGGAACUUUGUCCAGCUGGAGCGAAGCCGGGGAUUUGAGCAACUACAGCCCGGGAGUUACCCCGGUGGUCAACUACGCCUCAACCGUCAGGACUAAGGAGGAGUCCCCGCCGUGCAGCCCGGAGAACCACCACCAUGUGAACGGCCAACUUCACUAUCAGGGCUCUGGGGUUGUCUACCUCGCCGACACACAGGCACGACGGCUCAUUUUUAACGGACAAUACCGGGGCGCCUACGAUACGGCGGGACACGAGGCACGGCAGGUCGGCUGCGACUCCACCAGUGACUCGGAGGCGCACACAUCACCAGGUGAAUGACAUUUACAUUAAUAUGAGCACCAACUGGCACUAAACUAUACAUUUAAAGUUUUAAUCCGUUAAAACAAAUCCCCAAAGGUCUUACGUGAGGCUGAGAGCCCAGAGUCCAGCUUUCUUGAAGCAGAGUAAGCCAUAAAGUUUGAUUUAGUUCCAUCUUGUUGUUUAAAGUUAAGUCAAAAAUCCCGCCAAAACGACGAAGAGUUACUGCGUCGGCCAAGUGGCGACAUCUCGCGACAGAGAGUGAGAACAACAAACAUGUCCAAACUCGUGCUCAUUCUGUCUGUGCUCGUGUUUAUAUGAUUAAAAUGGACGUUAAAUUUUGACAAACACAUAGAAAUGGUGGAAAUCAAUACUAACCAGUAUGUAACGCUGGUAUUUAAACGUUUGUACGACAUAUUACAUGUUUUCUUGCAAGAGUUCAACACUUUAUUAUGACUUUACGCUGAAAUCGCAACGUAACCGUAAAAUCUGCAUUUUUGAAAGACGAAAACAAAUUGGAAGUGCAUAUUACCAGGUAGUUGAACGUUUUCUUACCGUCAGUUUCACAUAGUUUCCUCCAAGAGUUCAAAAUUAUUAAGUUACGUUAAAAAACACAACCGUAAAUCUGCACUUUAAGGCUAAAGAGCUUCGUUUUAAUUAAGCGAUAUGACCCUCAUUGCAAUAUUGUAUAUUUAAUUUGUUCUGUCAAUGAUGUGCUUUAUUUUACAAUUUCAAUAAAUGUCCUGUUCUUAUAAGAUUUGCAUUUCCCUUUGACAACUAUGUGUAAAACAUUUGGUAAGUUGAUUUGAGUAUGGGAUUUCUCAACAUGUUGAUAUUAGUGUGACCAGUUCAACAUAGGUUGUGCAUUGUACUGAACAUCACUAUAUUGCUGUUUGUCUAAACAUACAUUCUCACACUGAGCAGCUUUGAUCUAAUCCCUUUGACUAACUUUGAUCAUCACAUGUUCCCUCAUUUAGAUUCAUGGAGUUCAGGCAGCAGCAGAGAAGAGAGUCUCCCCAGAGAAGACCCUAUCACUUGGGCUAAGAAUGCUCUGGAUGAAGAGACCAGCAGUAGGAGCCCCGAUGCAAGCGAACAUGUCUCAAGCUCUCUCAUAGAGGAGGCCAAAUCUUUUGUAAUCAAAGCAAAUGAUUGCACUGACAACUCUGCUCUUCAACCUGCACCCACCACUGCCCCAAACAAUCAGAGCAUUAGUGCUGAAAGUAAACCUAAAGGGAAGGUCCGGGCAGCUUUCUCAGAGAGCCAGAUGAAUACUCUUAGACAGCGCUUCAGUGUGCAGAGAUACCUCACCCCAGCUGAGAUGAAGAAUGUAGCAGAACUGACUGGCCUGACUUACAAACAGGUAAAGGAUUAUCCUAAAUUUCAGGAUUGUGAGUUAGGGGAACUCUUUUCUGUUUGUGACCCUCACACAUUUUCUUUAACAUUUAAGGUGAAGACGUGGUUUCAGAACCGAAGAAUGAAGCUGAGAAGGCACCAAAAAGACAACGCCUGGGCUCCUGAACGCUGUGCCGCAAACAAAGAAAGUCCGGUCCGAGGACCAAUCUACCACAACGUGAAUCAGCAUAUCCCACCAGUAAGUGGUCUCCAUGCAGUAUGUGACACUGGAAUACUAGCAACAAGGAGGGUUGAAGUUGUAAGAGAUGUCUGACCAUUGUCCUGCCCAAGUUUCAUGUUUAAUCGUAACAAAGAAUCAGUGGCUUGGACAUAGAGUAACACGUCCACAAUGGAGGCCCAACCAAAGUCUGCUUGAAGUCUUAAAGGCGAGACGUAACACGCCCUACAAUGUUGUAUACUAUAAAAUUAUGCAAUUUAGUCAAAUCUUUAAUGUUUUUUUGUUUGUUUUUGCUGUCUAGUAUCAGGGAGAGAGCCAACCCCAACUGAAGGAGCACUACAACCAGCACAUGAUGGAGGCAGCCAUGAAGAAUACUAGUCCCCAGAACCUGGCCUUCUAUUUAGCUGCCAUGCGCUCUGCAGCUGGAUCUGCAGGCUACCCAUCCUGGCCCACAAGCUCACAGCAACUUGGAUUGCAGUCCAGACCUCAGGCAGCUGGCUGGUCCAUGCCGCCUGGUGUCCCCACUCACGAAUACAACCACAAUGCAUUUAGCUCAGUCUCCGUAAAUAACACUGGGCGAAACUUCAGCUAUGAGGACAAGGAUGGAGAAGUCGGCAUCCAGAGCACAAUGUCACCUGCCAUGGUACAUGAUAUCAGCCAGUAGUGUUGAGUGUGUACGACUCUUUAAACAGCCAGAGCUGUGUUGUUUUUCUUUGAUUCAAGUCUCCUGACUCAAGUUUGUGAUUAGCUGAUAUCUUGCGUGUCAGGCCACUGUAUAUAGGCCUUGUUCAUACUACUGUUUGACUUUUUUAUACUGAAGUUCUAUUUUUUAUACUUGACUAUUUAAUGUCUGUUGGUGUGCUCUUUGCGCUUACACAAUCUGUGUCCAACUUGGAUGCAGUCUUAUGACAUCCUUUUUUAAAUGGUUAAGUGCAGAAACACAGCUUGUACGCACACUGUUCGAUGAAAUUUUUGCUGUAACACAGGUUCACUAUCAACUUGAGGUUCUAUUUUGAGUGUCUGAUGAAUCAUUGAUGUAUCAACUUUCAUUCUUUUGUGAGUAAUUAAUUGCAUGUGAUCACACUGGAUUGUAAACACCAGUGGGUUCAUCACAAAUGCAGCUGUAUUCAAGUAAGGAAACCAUUGCAUUUCAAGUGUUUGACACAGUUGUCCAACUUGCAAUAAACGAAACCUAAAGCUCAAAAAAA